AUGAAUAAUUUAGGAGCUGCGGAUUACGACAACUCGUCGGAGGACUCUGAUGACGAAGGUUCUUGUAAAGUGACAGAUUCUUCCCUCACCGUCGCUGAUGGGUCGCCUGUCUGCACCCUUACUUUGAAAGUGCCUCGACGUACACAUCCUAUUUUCCACAGCCUUGCGGAGUAUCUGUGCUCCACUCGACGUGUCAAUCCGAUGAUAUUCGUGCCCGGAGGCGAUGGUUACCUCGGAUCCGUUUCCAUUUUCAAUAAUCGUUCUGCUUUUACAUGCUCCUGGGUUUCCCACAGAUCAGGAUAUCGGAUGACGAAUUUGCCAGACGUUGGUACAGUCAUAGUUUUCCAACAAUCGUCCACCCUGGGUCCUAUGGUGAACUUCUCCCGUCCAAACCAUAAGUGCGUAACAGUGUUCACGCCUGAUGAUAAAGUUCACAAGAUCACUGGCCCUGCAAUCCUUCGACCCAAAGAUCCAGACAACCCUGUUUUAAAGUUGCCUCUCUCGGUCAAGUAUCCUACCACUGUAUCCCUCGAUGACUUCAUCGGUAUUCUAAAAACCAUUCGCGAUUGCAUGCCGGUCGAUGAGAAUGCAAAAUCAGUUUGGGACGAGGAAAGAUUUCCUACAGCGAAGGAAACCGCACAAACAACCAUCGAUAGUGGAAUCGUAUCAGAUCAUGACUUUUCGGACAUCAUCAAGUCUGGUGUUGUUGCUAGCUCUGCUGGCAAUGUGAUUGCUGAUUCUAAAGCUCCCAGCAAAGAAACUGAUGACCGCGAAUAUCCGGCAACACCUACUGGUAUCACAGCUCUGGGAAGUAAUGAGACGGAGUCUCAUGCCAAUGCCUCCACAAACACUGCAACAAUCGUACCACCUGCCUCUCUAGAUGCAACGGCAGCUGCAGCUCUCACUCUAAAAAUGAAAGAGGAACGCAAGAAAGAAAGGGAAAAAAGAAAAGAGGAAGAGCUGAUGAAAAAGUAUAUGGCAGAACAAGAAGCAAAGCAAAAGAUAGGGGAAGGUGGAUACAAGUUCGUCUACCGCGGGUACGACAGAGAAGAGGCGCGAACAGUUGCAUGGUGUGAGUUUAAGCAUGAACACGUCGAUACCAAAGAAAAACGUCAAAUUAUGUUCCGCGAAACAGAAAUUAUGUUGAAGAUGAACCACCCCCAUAUUGUUCGGUGCUUUGAUGUAUUUCGUGAAUGGACAAACGAGGAGACGGCAGAGAAUCCACUGGAGGAGAAGGGGCUUGUAAUCAUACAGGAGUUAAUGUCUGAGGGCACCCUUAGACAGGUGAUCCGCAAGAACUACCUUGACGGGCAGUGUAUCUUGAAGUUUCAACUUCUGACACACUGGUGGCAUCAAAUUGUCGACGCCUUGAGAUACAUGCACCAUAGGCUGGAGACACCCAUAAUUCACCGAGACUUGAAAUCGGAUAACUGUUUUCUUUAUGGUGACUCUGAUGAGGAGUAUCUGAACGUGAAAGUAGGCGAUUUCGGUCUUGCAACGCAAGUGGGUAGCAGUGGCCGUAAAACAAUGCUGGGUACUGUUGGUUUCAUGGCGCCAGAAAUUUUCGAUGAAAUGUACGAUGAGAAAGUCGAUAUUUAUGCCUUUGGAAUGCUAAUGCUCGAGGUAAUGACAAAUCGGACACCCUACGAUGAGUGCGCCACGCUUUUUGAUGCUGCGGCCAAAACGAUGUCUGGUCAUGGGCCGGAGAUUAUGCAGUUAAUCACCAACUCGAAUCUCUCCGUCCUCAUAUCGGCCUGCAUUCAUCCUCUGGCUUGCUUCAGGCCAACUGCUGAGGAGCUUUACUGUCAUCCCCUAUUCCAGACAAACGUGGUCAAAACUGCAGCAAGUUCGCUUCAGCCGAAAACGAUACCUGUUGAGGUUGAACCAAAUUACGAAACGGGAGCAGAUCGCAAGGAGGUUCUUGAACGUUUUGUGCGCUCUUUGGCGAAUCCGGACACUCGAAAUCCCAGAUUUAACCUACGUCUGCGAUUUCGAGACCGCAAAAUGCUUCAAGAACUGGGUCUGGAUGAGGGGGAAUCACUGGAAUUCGACCUGGACAUUUACAAAGCUGAGGAUCAAGACAUUCCUGAUCUUAUCACCAGUCUUCGUCGCGACUACGAGGACAAAUUGUCCAGAGCGUUCGCCAAUCCAAAAGUUCCUGACCGAAAAAUAGUGUCGAAUCAUUUGGAUCGGCUCUUUAACAGCAUUCGUAUGCAGAUGCAGUUUUUGGUCAAGUGCCUUUUGGGCAGACGUUGGAAGGACAUUUUGGACUCUCUUGCAACCAAAGAAAAACCACCUAAGGAGAAGCCAGUGGCUCAAGAGGGCCAAGAGGGCAAGUCGGAAGAUGUCGCAGCCGGCUCUGAAGAAGAGCCUGAUAAUAACAUUGCUGGUUGCAGCAACUUCGAGAUAAUUGCAAAAUGCAAGUCCAAGUGGUUAAAGGCAAAGCGUAUGUUGGAUCGUGAGAUUCAGGCCUAUCGGAAGGCAGCUGCACUUGCGGAGUCUAGUCGUGGUGCUCUCCAAAUUGGUGGAUCGACAGAUAAAUUGCAGGAGCAACAAUCACAACAACAACAACAACAAACGCAAAUACAGUCUGGUAAUCCACCUGUCCCUCCUCAACCAACCGUAUCCACUUCCAAUCCGUCUGCACCUGCCCUUGGUGCUCCUGAGGUUGUGCCUCAUGGCAUCGCUUCAACUUCUCCUAACCUCGUGGCAGAGGCGGCACCUAGUGGUGUAGAAGACGCCUCUGCUGCACUUCAAGCUCCUUCCACGCCCACCUUAUUUUUGUCUCCAACUUCUCAGCAGGACUACUCGGCCAUACAGCAGGGAUCUCCGACAGCCUUUGCACAGGCCUGCGCUCCACACCCUCCUAGCAAUCCUCCAAUUACAUCACAGUCUCAAGGUCAGGCAGGUCCUGUCAAAUCGGCUGCCCAGCCAAUAGCAGUACAACUACAAUCUAUACAUCCUCCGCCUGGAUCCCAACACCAAAACCCUCUUAUUAGUCCUCUCGUCACUGGUCAGGUGCUUCAGGUCAAUGCUCAGCAUAUACCUCGUGAGAUUCCUUCGAAUCUCGGAGCUGCAGGAGUUCACCCAACAAUUUUUCAAUUGUCGCAACCUCCAACAGCUGCAUCAUUUCCUGCUCUUCCUAUCGUUACGAGCUCGAUCCCCGUAGGUCUUGUAGAACAGCAACCUGCAUCGGUUACGACAGGUUUCCCCUACAUGACCCAACAACCCGCAUCAUAUUGCUCAGCUUCGGGUCUACCCUCAAAUUUCACUCUUCAGCAACCGCAACAACAACAAAAGAUGGGUGAUGAAAGACUGCAUGACAAGGAAAUAACUUCGGACGCGGAAGUCGUUGGCCAACCAGGAGGACCUAGUUCCGGUCUUCCAGAGGCUCUGUUGGUACCUGCCUUGGGUAUCGGCGGUAUCACAUCCGGCUACGCAUCCCUACCCGCACAGCAUUCAGCUAGUCAGCAACUCACCUCCAUCGCUAGCUCUCCUAUUCUCCUCGCCAAGGCUGCAGAGCAGCAGCGUGUGGCACCACCAGUUGGCCCCAAGCCAAAGCGAAAAAUGAGUCAAACAAAGCCAAUUGUAAGCCAGCAGCCGCUACGCUAUAUAAUCCGAAUAACCCGGUUGGAACGUGAGUCCGAAGGCUGUGAUGUACCAGGCACUCUGCGGCCGACUUUUUACCUCGAAAUGCCCGAUGUCAACAACCCUAAUAGUGAGCUGUGGAAGCUCAGCUUCCGCUGUAACCUCUCCGACACUACUGAUGACAUUAAGCUGUUUGAAGGUUGCGGCUACACACAAACGAAUGGAGAGGUGGAUCGGGCAAUAAAGGAAGCGGUGGCAGUGAUGCUGCGUGCUCUGCAGGUGGAUGAGAAUUCUAUUCCCCUCAAUCACGACUACGUCUUCUACCCACAACUCUCAUCCGAACUGAAAAACCUUUCCGAAUGCAUCGCACCAACCGCAACAGUGAAAACAGAGCCAACAAAUGACGAGAUCGGACAGUCGCCUUCCAUGCCACCUGCUGCCUCCGACCCGGCUGCUGCAUUCGGAUCGCUGCAUGAGGGAGAUUUAAGUGACACAACGUCGUCUGCUGGAUCACCAGUUGAAAAAAAUGUGCAGCCUGUAUCCACUGGGCUAGCGGGCAUGCACGCAACUCCAGAUUGUGCGUUUUCAUCUACCAACUCUCCCUACAUCAACCAGGUUGCUUCUAUCUCCUCCUACACAGGUCAUUCUGGUCUGGAGGAGGUUCCACCGAUCUUUACUGUAGGUCAAGCUGAAAAUGCCUAUCCUUCAAAAUCAAUCCCUUCAUUUCCGAUAAAUGUUGAUCCUCUGCGUUUCUAUCCGUCGGAGUCUGGAAAUCCGUACGACAGCACUGAGUCUCUCCCAAUUUAUAACAGCGCUGUUUAUGCCCACACUAUGGGCCCGUCAACCAAAGAACCCGAUGUCUUUACGACAUUGAAGGUGCCUGCUCAUGCUCAGUCGUUGGUUGCUCAAUUUGCACAUCACCUGUGCACUUGUCGCCGGAACGAUCCGCUCCUCGUCGUACCAAGUGACGCCAACACAACAGGUUACAUGUCCGUUCUAUCAGAAAACUGUUCCUUUCUCUGUUCAAGGAAUGGAAUCGGUGGUGGAUUCAGUGUUAUGCCUGUUCCUGCCUCCUCUUCUUUUCUGGAAGUCCAGAACAAGUCGCCUUCUUCCGCACAAGGACGGGUUAUCCGUGCACCUUAUAAUGGAUUCAUUGUGGUAAUGCCUGAUGGAGAAAUGCACUAUGUCCAACGUCCGUUGGUUAUUGUACCUGGAAAUUCUCAACGCCCUUUGUUGGAGCUUCCCCUAUUAAGUGCUGACGGGUCAUCGGUGCAACUCGACGAUAUCCUUGCCCUUCUGAUCAAUCUUCGGGAAGGCAUGGCGAACGCACCGACUUCGGCUCCUAUUCCAAGGGAACGUUCAGCCACUGAUGCUGCAUCACAACCUCAAAUUCGACAACAGGACGCAAAUUACUACAGUCUGCCGUAUGGAGCUGUGCCAAUGAGCUCCACCAGGGCUCCGACGCAGGCACCUCUUGUACCGGGACCCUCCACGUUCACGCGGCAGAUGGGCUUCAGACCUCCACCACUAUCAUUAACACAGCAGAUUCCGAUAAGAGUAGCAUCAAGCAAUUCGUCUUCAUUUGUCCACGGUGAUUUACUCGCUCCUGGGUCUGUAACUCGUGCACCCACUUCUUCACUGGAGUACUUACUUAACAAGCCACCAACACAAACCUCUCGGCAAUCGCAACAACUCUUUCAAGCUCCAGCAAUAGGUACCUCUGGACUAAGACUGGAUCAUGUAGCACAACAGAACCAACCAAAUCUGGAAUACGUAUCAACACUUCUAGCAGCGAAUCCGUCCUUGUUUCUUGCAACUGCGGCUGCAUUGAGUGCCAACAAUUCCACAAUACCUCAGCCGACGCCAUCUGGUCUGUCGAAUCUCCAAGCCCCGCCAGUGGAAUCACUGUGGAGCAAUCCUACCUGCGCCUCCUCAAAUUCAUUCUCACCUUCUGCUGCUUCUCUCUCAAACACAGAUACAAUGAAACAAAUCCUUUUCCGUACUGCACUGGAAAAUGCACAUCAACAGCAACAGCAGCAACAACAGCCCAUGUCAACUCCCUGUGCUACAACGAUUCCAUCCAUCUCAACUUUACCCACUGCUGUCAUUAGUGCCCCCGUUCACUCAGGGCUCAUUUCCUCUACUGAAGUGUUCGAUCCUAGCACAGGUCAUGGACAGCCAAUCUUACCAACUGCACCCACCACGCUGUACCAAUCAACCAGAUUUCCUCAGCCGCCUGUGGCAUCGGCUCAACCAGUAAUGGGAAUCGCCGGCGGUCAGCCACAAAUGUUUCAACAGCAACAGCACUCAGUCCCUGCUGCUGCUCCCCUAUCAUGCGCUAAUAGUGAGGUGCCUCAAGUGCAGCCAUCGACAGCGCCAAUAAUCGUUUCUUCAUCAGUACAACUCAUCAGACCAGCUGUCUCAAUGCCAACUGCAGUCUCUAAAUUUGUGGUUACACCGGCAGCACCAGUAUCGUCAAUUCAAACACCGAGAGAAAGCAUCGCUUCCACAUCUUCCUCGACGGGUCCGCCACCACCACCACCUCCACUGCCUUCCCCCUCAUUACAGGUCACAACUGUUGUUGGGAAUAGAUUCACGGUGGUAUCGCUGGAUUCGGGUGUAGCUCAACCGAAUCCAAUGGAAUCUCCACACGCUCCACUGCCGGCACCUCCUCCUCCACACACAACAGCUCAACAGCUGCCAUCGCAGGCCGCUCCAUCAGGCCCUGGUGUUUACAAGAAAAUUCCUCCGAAAUUCACUGUAUCACCGGUGGGGAGCGACACGACACCGUGCAAUGAUGGCACUCUGCCGUCACGCUCCACUUCUGAGGCCACACCGACCUUGGCUGCUCCAAACACCACCGACUCUGCCUCUAGCAUCAUUCCAAAUGCUACGCCUCACUCUUCCCCUCCGUCUGAAAAUGACCUGCCCUCAGAAUGCCCUCCUCCUCCCUCUACGCCUGCGAUGUCCAAUCAAAGCUCCGUUGUUGAGCCGUCACUCCCGCCCACUUCCCGUACUACCACUUUGCCCUAA